AUGUCAAUUGUCCGAAGCAGCAAGUAUCGCCAUGUCUUCGGCACGGCGUUUAAGCGCGAAGAGUGCUACGAGAAUCUCCGCGUAUCCAUCUCAGCCUGGGACACAAACUUCGUGACGGCCAACCCCAAGUACCUAUGCUUAAACUGGAAUGCCGGCGGCGGCGGAGCCUUCAUAGUGAUUCCGCACGACCAAGCAGGCAAGCUACGCGGCGACUUCCCACUAUUCAGCGCGCACGCCGGGGCCGUGCUGGACACGGCAUUCUCGCCGUUCGACGAUGACAUUGUGGCGUCCGGCGCCGAGGACCAUAAGGCAAUGGUCUGGCGCGUGCCGCGCGGGCUUGCGGAGCGCGAGGAGGACGUGACUGAGCCCAUUGCAGUGCUGGGCGGCCAUGGGCGCAAGGUCGGGCAUGUGGCGUGGAACCCGGUUGCGCGCGAUGUCCUGGCCGUGUCGAGCUCCGACCACACCGUGCGUAUCUGGGACGUCGAGAGGCAGGCGGUCGGCGUUCUGCUGGAGGGCUUCAAGGACACGGUGCUGUCCAUUGCCUGGUCGCCCAAUGGCAGCCAGCUGGCCGUAGCGUGCCGCGACAAGGUCCUGCGCAUCUUCGAUGCGCGUUCGGGCCAGUGCCUGCAGCAGGGCCAGAGCCACCUGGGAGUCAAGGGCUCGCGUGUCGUUUGGGUUUCGCCCACGCGGCUGGUCACCACGGGGUUCUCGCGCACCAGCGAUCGGCAGCUGAACUUGUGGGACAGCCAGAGUCUCAGCAAACCACUCCUGACGCGCAACAUCGACAUGUCCGCUGGCAUGCUCAUUCCGUUCUUCGACGCCUGCACGCAAAUGCUGUACGUUGGCGGGAAAGGAGACGGCAACAUACGGUACUACGAGUUCGCCGACGAUACACUGUACGAGCUGGCGACGUAUUCCUCGACGGAGCCGCAGAGGGGCCUGGGUGUUAUGCCUAAGCGGGGCGUGGAUGUCGUUCGGUGCGAGGUCAUGCGCUUCUUCAAGGUCGUCGGCAACUCGACGGUCGAGCCGAUUUCGUUCAAGGUACCGAGGAAGGCAGAGUCGUUCCAGGCUGAUAUUUACCCGCCGGCGCAUGCUGGCGUGCCGGCUCUAAGCGCCGAGGAGUUCUUUGCUGGGAAGGACGCGGAGCCGUUGCUUGUGGAUAUGGAG